CACAGAUUAUAGAUACCCUGCUCGGCUCUCGGCUUUCUCCGUCCAUAUAUCCAUCCCACUGGAGAAGAGAUAAAGACCCCUUGAACAUGGGUUCAUUCCCCCCACCCACUGCAAGCUCGUCAAGAGUGACCCUUGAUAGCCAUCCCAACGACCGUCAGCCCCUUCUUUCGUCCUCUUUAUCCUCUCAUUCAGCCCAUCAACACGUCGUCUCACAUUAUCGCUCUAUAUCUCCAGCGUCAAACCCAGAUCCGAAUCCAAGUGCGAUCAGAGAUAUGGUAUCCACAAUGCUAGGGUUCGCCCCUCAGGAUGUUCCCGAGUCUUCUGUCAAGGAUAUAGCUGUCAUCGAUCCCACCGCAUCAGUGUAUGUCGACCCUCAAACAGGAGCGCUGAUCGAGGAGAAAAGUAAAGCAGAGAGAUGGUUCGUCGCGAGACUUGACGCGGUGUUGCUCCUUUUCGUUUGUAUUUCCCAGGUUAUCAAGUACCUCGACCAGCAGAAUAUAUCUGCUGCAUACGUAUCUGGUAUGAAAGAAGAACUGAGCCUUUACGGAAACCAAUACAACUAUUUCACCACUUACUUCAACGUCGGCUACGCCAUCUUUCUGAUCCCUUCCCAAAUCAUCAUCACCCGCGUUCGCCCCUCGUUAUGGUUACCAGCUCUCGAAGCUUGCUGGGGUGUUUUGACAAUCGCGACGUACAAGGUGACAAACUAUAAGCAAGUUUAUGCACUCCGCGCUUUCACAGGAGCCUUUGAAGCAUCAUGCUACCCCGGUGCAAUCAUGCUCCUCAUGUCUUGGUAUACUCCUCGAGAACUAGCACUUCGGAUUGGUUUCUACCAUAGUUGUCAAUCCAUCGGCAGCAUGUUAGCAGGCGCAUUGCAAGCUGCGAUAUACAAUAGCAUGGAUGGGCGGAAUGGCAUUAGUGGGUGGCGUUGGAUGUUUAUUAUCGACGGAAUUGUCACUCUCCUCGUAAGCUUUGCAGGGCUCAUACUGAUCCCCGAUUUCCCUUCGAAACCAAAUCCCUGGUCAUUCUAUCUCCGCCCAUCCCAUAUCUCCAUUGCCCGCUCUCGGGCCGCCCAAUUCCAUCGUGCCGAUAACAAGAAAUUCACGUUCUCAUCUGUGAAGAAAGCCGUGACAGGGCCGCUGUUUUACUGCUUUGUGGUACUUUAUGUGGCUACUGUCCUGGGCCAGGGGGGAUAUAAUUAUUUCAAUCUCUGGCUCAAAAGUCUCACAAACCCAGAUGGUACACCCCGAUGGUCCGUAGCGCAGAUCAAUGCAAUCCCUAUCGGAGGUAGCGCCAUUGCCGUGGCAAUGAUCUGGGUAUGGGGCUUCAUCUCCGACUAUUUCCAAACCCGCUGGAUACCUGUCAUCAUCCAAGCUGGUAUCGGUCUCAUCCCAGGGAUUAUCAUGAGUAUCUGGAACGUGUCGGAUAAUGCCAAGUACUUUAGCUACUUUACAUGCUACCUUUCCCUCGCUACGGCUCCUCCCAUCUUCGCGUGGCUUUCUGACCUGAACCCAUUCGACGCCGAACAACGCGCAUUUACACUUGGUUUUGCGAUUGCGUUUUAUUACGCUUGUGGGGCGUGGUCCGGGCCGCUCAUUUGGCCGGCGUCGGAGGCACCUCACUAUCGUCAUGGAUGGCAAGUCACAAUUGCAAUGUGGUGUUUGGUAAUCAUCAUGGCUUGUUCCCUGAGAAUAGUAGAGCUCAAAUUCAUUCGACCGCAGAACGUUCGAAAGGCGGUGGACGCUGAGAAUGCAGAGAGAAUCAGGCAAGAGGAAGAAGAUGAAGAUGAUAAGAAAGACACUACGGUGGGAAGGAUCAUCUCUGUUGUUAGCCGUGCGUGAGCAUGAACUGGAGCUUCAGUAAAAAUUUUAACGUUGUUACGAUGGGUAUAACCUUGUUGGAGAAUGUUUCGUAAGAUUUGAAUCAAAGUUGUCAUAAUAUAACAAAGGUCUAUAGUUGUUCAAUAUGAAUUAGGG